AUGGCUUGUAAAUUGAUACACGUGCUAGCCCUAGCGUUGGCAAUACAGAUAAUUGGUGCAACAAGACUGAUGUGCCCAAGUCACCCUAAAUGCGUUUGCGGCGGCACGUUGCCUGUCGAACUCAAUUGCGACAUCGACGGAAGCAUCGUGAAGAUAAACUUUCUGCCCAACACUUUCAUAAACAUAAAGUGUGAGAACGCCACUAUACUAAACUACAGCCAGCUACCGAAGUGUGCCAAUGAAUUAGACACGUUCAAAUCGGUCAGCUUCAAGGACUGUCCCUUGCCGUCGUCGUCGUUCAAAGAUGUUUUGGAGCAACUCGGAGUCUCGAAAACAAUGUCAUUAAUAUUCCAGAACGCUAAAAAUCUCUCGGGAUAUUUCGAUAGGAAACAUUUCGCCGGAUUACGCGAUUUAACUAAACUGUUAUUGUCUGUUACGGGAAUCACGCAUCUUCCUGACAACCUAUUUAUGGACGUAAACAACUUAACUUGGCUCAACAUACGAUGUAAUAGUAUAAAUAUUUCGGAACAACUUUUCAAGCCCCUCGAGAGACUGGAAACGUUGGAAAUCAGCCACAAUCAAAUGACGAAUAUGUCUUCUAAUUUAUUCUCUCACUUGGCAUUCUUGAGGAAAUUGUCACUUUGGCAAAGCAACGUAACUUGGUUCUCUAAAGACUUUUUCUCGGGCGUCAACGUGCUCGAAGAAUUAGAUCUUAGUUCUAAUGGACUUAACGAACUUCCAACGCUUAUUUUUAAACCGCUGAAGAAGUUACGAAAACUCACAUUGUUCUCGAAUAAGUUUUCGACUUUGCCACAAAACCUAUUCUCGACAAACAAUAACUUGGAGACGGUAAUAAUUCUUAACAAUGAUGUCAAAAUGAAAGAACUUCCGAGAACUCUGUUUGGUAAUUUGCAAAGUUUGAGACAUAUUUACAUACAAAGGUGUGGUAUACAAGUAGUACCUUCCGAUGUAUUUGUGAACUCUUCGCAAAUAACGAACAUAUCACUAGCUUACAACGAUAUUGGAUCAUUACGCGAAUCAACAUUUAACGAUCAAAUAAAUUUGCUUGAACUCGAUUUGAGUCACAACAACUUGAAAAACUUGGAACCGAAGCUAUUUUCCUCAUUGGUAAGACUGGAAAAAUUGGACUUAGCUUAUAAUUCCAUUGAAGAAAUUUCCGGAUCGACGUUUUCUUCACUACUGAGUUUAAUUUACUUGAACAUGGAGCAUAAUAAUUUAAAAACUAUUUCGUCCUAUUUAUUCAGUAAUAACAAGCAGAGGAUGUCAAUAUCUUUUGCUUAUAAUGAGCUAGACUUCGAAACUAAAGAACUGCAAAAUAAUUCCUGGACGAUUAAUAAAGUUUCACCCUUUUCUCAUACUUACAAUUUGAGGCUGCUUAAUUUGAGCCAUAAUAGAUUUGAAAGUAGCUAUGACGACUGGUGGACAAAUGGACAUGAGAAUUUGGAUAUUAGUUACAACAAAAUAAAUUAUUUAUGGAACCACCCAACGUCAACCUACAAAACAAUUGGUAAAAAGACAAUGAAGCAACUUUGGAUUUCACAUAACUCUAUAAAUUGCAACUGUAAGAACUUCAAAUUCCUCGACUUCUUGAAGGAACACUUUAAAGCGCAGAUCAAAGAUGAGAACUUGCUACACUGUUCCGUAUGGAGAAGAGAAGCGUGCAAUAUGCGAUUCAUUAUAUUCGUUUGUGUUAUAUCCGUGUCGGCGUCACUUUCCACUAUAACAAUAAUGUUAUAUCUCAAGUAUCGAAAGCAAUUACAUACCAUGGUAAAGAAUAAAUUAUUUCAAAUAUCAAAACCAAGCAAAGACAACGACAAAGAACGCAGCGUGAUCAUAAAAUAUUCUGAAAAAGAUGAAGAAUUUGUUCUCAAAGAAAUCGUGCCAGGUCUAAGAGUCCAUAAGAGCCUUAAAGUACACGUAAAGCCAAUAGCUAGUGACUGUAAUAAAGAAAAUUUCAUUAAGCAGCUCAAAAACAGUUCAAAGGAAGGAGACACAACGCUCGUUAUUUUUUCACCGAACUACUUAAUGUCAGCUUAUAGUCACGUAAACAUAAAGAAAAUUCGAGGCGAAAUGUUAAAAGCGAAGAAGACGGUUUAUGUUUUUACGGACAUGGGUACGGAGAAUUCGAUUUACGCAUUCUUAAAGGAGCAAAGGGAUAGGCGAACGACAAUACUGUGGAAUAAUCCUAACUUCUGGAACAUUUUAUUGCCCGUGCUGUCAAAGGAGAAAUGUAAAUUGACAAUUCGGGUGAAGGAUAGUGCGGAUCAGAAUGCAAAAAUUGGCGCCUUUAAAGAAUUGAAACAGACCAGGAAUCCCUUAGAUGUUUAUAGCCAUUCCUCGAAUCCUUCUGGAACCUUGCACUAUCAAGUUUAG